AUGCACAUUCGAGUUGAAAACAGUUCUAUGGAUCUCUUAAGCAUUAAACCGACCGACUCAAGGCCAAGUUUAUCUUCUCUUUGGUCGCUUCAUGUUCAUUUACAGAAACUGGAAUGCAGAACUCGGUUUAAUAUGCUUCAUCCCUGUUGCUGUUUAAAGUGA